AAACAUUAAGAGAAGCUCGAAAAAGGAAAAUAUCUACUAUAGUGGUCUUGAGUUGUUACACUUUCUCUCUCUUCUUUUUCUCUCUCUAUCCUAGACAUAAACACAUGAAAAAGAGAAGAUAGGGGUACCUGCAAGAUCGGCUAGUGGCAGAGGAAAAUGGGUUCUGUGGGGAACUCAAAUCAAUGGCAGCCAUAUGCUUACAACGACUGUUCUUUAGAGAUUUGCAGCAUUUACUGUCCUCAGUGGUGCUACAUCAUCUUUCCACCACCUCCACCUUUUGGCUAUGGCAGCAAUGGCGAUUCCGCCACUGAUUUCUCUCCUCUCAUCAUCGCCAUCAUUGGAAUCUUGGCUAGCGCCUUCAUUAUGGUAAGCUACUACACCAUCAUCUCCAAAUAUUGCAGGAACAGAGCUGCUACCACCAACGCUGCCAUGGAAAUGGAUGAUGAAGAAAAUCUUACCCACAUCCGCCAUGAAAACCAGCUCCAAGCUCCUCCUCCUGCAGGCCUGGAUCAUGCUCUCAUCAAGUCCAUCACAGUCUGCAAGUAUAAAAGAGGAGAUGACUUAGUUGAAGGUACUGAUUGCUCAGUUUGCCUGAGUGAGUUUCAAGAAAAUGAGAGCUUAAGGUUGCUGCCAAAGUGCAGCCAUGCCUUUCAUCUUCCUUGCAUUGACACAUGGCUCAAAUCUCACUCAACUUGCCCUCUCUGCCGCUCCAACAUUUCACCAACCAAUGUUUCCCCACCCCCAACACAAGAAAUUCUAAGAACAGAACACCUAAAUGCAUCUGCUCUUCAGUAUCAACACAGAACCAAUGACACAGUGGUUGUUGUAGUGGUUCAAGAUUUGCAGGAUUUAACAGUGAGGCAAGAAACUGCUGUUUCUGGGCUUGAGAAUGAUGAUGCUUCUUCCAAGAAUCGAAGGCAAAGUUUUGCAUCAGAUUGUCAAGAUUCAGAGCCAAGAGACAGAAUGAAUCAAGUUCAGCCGUAUAGAAGGUCAGUUUCCUUGAAUUCUUUAUCAUGGCAAGGGCAGGUUUCUGUUGCUGAUAUAUUGAGAGCCAGUCAAGAUAGUGAGGAUGAGGUAGAGGAAGAUGAAUUACAAAUGGGGAUUGGAUCUUCAAAAUUAUUUACUCAAGAGCAUUGCCAUGACUUGGGAAUGAAUAGAUCUAUUUCAACUGGGAAACAAGGAUUUACAAACUAUGGGAAAGGAAAGAGUUGCAUCAUUCCCAGUUGAAAGUAGAUAUGCGAACUGUACAAAACUUGACAAAAAUUCUCUUAUUUUUGUAAUAUUUUGUUGAAAUCACAGAAGAAACCCAGAUUCAUACAAGAUUAGCAAACUAGAUGGACUUACUUUGAAUGAACAUUUUACAGUUUACAAGCCUCUUCAAAAAUGUUGCUCAUGCAUCACUUUCGUCGAAGCUUUAGUGAAGUGUUUUAUUUUUUGGGAUUUUACUGAGGGUAACUGAUCAUGAACUAUUGAAUUUCAUAAAGAUUUAAACUCAAGGCAGUGUGCAUUUGAAGCCUAAGAAUUGUCUCAAUGAUUAGCACUUUUCUACCGUCAAUUAUGCUCUUUCACCUUGUUGCGUUCUGCAGAGUUGUCAGAAUUUAUGCAGGGCUACCUAAUUCACUUUGCAUAAUGUAAGGAGGGAAACUUUUGCUAAACUCCAUGUUUGAAAUUUUAAAUUUUCUACUCCAUACUACGCUUCCAUGUGAAGUUUUGAGCUCUUAAAUCAAAACUUGCACCAACGAUUGUACUGAUGUCAGAUACUGACUAUAAACAAAAUUAAUCUAAAUCAGACAAAGUUCAAGGACAAUAUCCAUAAAAUACGGAAAAAAAGUGCAUAAAUUAGUAAAAGUAAAGAAGAAUUAGG